AUGGCUAGAGGACCAAAGAAGCACCUUAAGAGAUUGGCAGCCCCAUCCCACUGGAUGUUGGACAAAUUGUCCGGUACCUACGCUCCAAGACCAUCUGCUGGUCCACACAAGUUGAGAGAGUCCUUGCCUUUGAUCGUUUUCUUGAGAAACAGAUUGAAGUAUGCUUUGAACGGUAGAGAGGUCAAGGCUAUCUUGAUGCAAGAGCACGUCAAGGUUGACGGUAAGGUCAGAACUGACUCUACUUUCCCAGCUGGUUUCAUGGAUGUUAUCACCUUGGAGGCCACCAACGAGAACUUCAGAUUGGUGUACGACAUCAAGGGUAGAUUCACUGUCCACAGAAUCACCGCUGAGGAGGGUGCCUACAAGUUGGGUAAGGUCAAGAAGAUCGCCUUGGGUAAGAGAGGUAUUCCAUACGCUGUCACCCACGACGGUAGAACCAUCAGAUACCCAGACCCAUUGGUCAGAGCUAACGACACUGUCAAGAUCGACUUGGCUACUGGUAAGAUCACCGACUUCAUUAAGUUCGACACCGGCAGAUUGGUCAUGGUCACUGGUGGUAAGAACUUGGGUAGAGUUGGUGUCAUUGUGCACAGAGAGAAGCACGAGGGUGGUUUCGACUUGGUCCACAUCAAGGACGCUUUGGACAACACCUUCGUCACCAGACAGUCUAACGUUUUCGUUGUUGGUACUGAGGCUGGUAAGCCAUGGGUUUCCUUGCCAAAGGGUAAGGGUAUCAAGUUGUCUAUUGCUGAGGAGCGUGACAGAAGAAGAGCCCAGGGUGGUUUGUAA